GCGAGAGCAUUCCCAGCUAUCAGUAUUAGUUCGGCCGUCCCGAAGCGCGCAUCCGAGCCGCUCCUCCACGGGACACCGUUACGAGAGGAGCGAUCUCGUUUUAAGUAAAUAAAAAAGUACCAACUUUCGUGUUUACACACGGCGUACGUGCCCGUUCCGAAACCGGAAUACAGUGCAGAAGGACGCUCGGAUCGAUCCAGUGUGUACGAAUAAAAUAUCAUCGACAGUUUCUCAGAAAAUGUUUCACGUCUCCUGGUGGUGAUGACGGGACCCGUAGUAUUCGUUUUUAAUUAACUGAAAAUAGCUUGUAACGUGAUUGUAAUGUAAAAGAAAUCAGUUGUUGAGAAUAUUUGUGUGACUAUCGUCGAGCUAAAUUUAAUUUCGUUCUUCUUGGUUCGUCUCGUGAUAAUUCGAAUAUAGACCGGUGUUUUCUUUUUUCCACCGUUUACCGUUCACAAACGAAUCGAGUGUGUUUCUUUUCUCUCACUGGUCGUUAGUGACGGAAAGUACUGAAAGUCAGAUCGUGGAACUUGGAGGAAGAGUGGAGAAUCUCUGAUACAUACGUGUACCAGAAACGUUAUCUAAAAUUUGAACGAUACGAGUCGGCGGAGAUUAGCGGGAUCGUGAGAAUUUUGUGAAAUGUGUCGUAUUCUUGCGUCCAUGUUGGCGACGAGAUUUCGCAGGACGUCGAAAAGUCGCUCGACGGGGCUCGAUCUCAAAUAAAUCUUGAGAACUCGACGGUAAAUAAACUUCGUAAAGGUUACCCGAGCGGAACGAGUGCGUAAUUCUUGGCCGACACGUGCCCGAGAGUGAAGAAUCUGUUAUGGAAUCUCGCGAAUGUUUUUAUUCCAGUGAAAAUUCGAUCGCGAAGAGGCAACGUGAAUCUUAUCGCGCACGUGAGACCGAAAGUAACAUUGCAUUGUGAAAUUCAACGGGGGAUAUAAUACGUGUCGAGGCGGUGAACGUUCCGGCGUGUACGUGCAUUCCGAGGACGCUUCCCGGCAUUGGAACUUUUAUUUUAGGAUAAGAAGAACUGGUGUCGGCCGCACGAUGAAUACACCGCGAGAGCCGAAGCAGUACCGUUCGCCGUAUGGGUGCCUGGGUUGACGAUCGUUACGCGGAGGAGGAGGCGGUCCCGAUUAACCAGGGCCCGAAAAGAAGGAAAGCGUCGCUUACCCUGGGCCACGUUUGCGAUGGUGGCGGUCCAGGCGAGAUCCGCGGCACGAGGAAGCAGAAAAAUUUGCCCAGGUCGUCGUCGUCGUCGCUGUUGCCGUUACGCCGCCAGUUCACUAGACAGCUAUACGAGUGGCCGUGUAUACCGUUGUUUAAGUCAAGGACGAGACUAGAUCAGUUUUGAAUCGGUCGCGAGACGACGAUCGUUUUUCACGACGCGACGUACACUGUGACUCUGGUACCGGUGUGCGCACGUGUUUCUUUCAAGCGAGGAGACACCGAUCCGGCGAAGGGGGGGUGAGAAUUCGAUGCCGUUACGUGCGAUUCAUCGGGGUUGAAUCAGAGGCUCGGUGCCAGGCAACAUGGCCAAGUUCAACGGCGAGGAGAAGAAAGUGACUCAGUCGAGCAAGAAUCAACUGGAGACGGUUGGGAGAGAGGAGGACGGGGGUAUCGAUGAACUGAGGAACGGACAGGUCACGCAGAAAAGUGACGAGGAGCUGUUGAUCGAGAAACAGCAUUCCUCCGUGAACAGGACCCCCCAGGAGACGCCGCGCAAGUCGUUGUCGCGCAAAGGUAGCGACAAUAGCGCGUCCUUGGAAUUGAACUCGAUAGUGAAGAACGCGUACCGGCUCAGGAAGGAUUCCGAUCAAAUAGGGAUCCUGUCCGAGAAACGACCGAAAGUGUCCAGCGAUCUCAGCUACGAGAACGACGCGGCGGCGAUCGAAAAGGACGAUGAGGAAGAGCGGAACUGUUUGGAGAACAGGACGUACGACGGAUACGGGGAGUCUGGCACGAAGAUUCGACAGGAGGCGAGGCAAGAAUUGAGAGAAGCGGCACAGAAUUCGGUGAAGAAACCAGACAGCCUUUACGGCAAGGAGAACACGUCGAGUCCGCCGAAACGUAAAAGCGUGUUCGCGGAGAGGAACUUGAUAUUCGGCUCGCCGACGAAGAUCCUCUCGUCGAAGAAGCACUCGGCCUCGGAGAAGAGCACCGAGAAACUGGUCAACGGUAAAUCGCCGCGAGAGGACAAGCAGCAGCACCACGUACAAUUCAAUAAGGAUUCGAAGAAGCAGCAGCAGCAACAGCAGCAGGAACAGUGUUCGGAGAGGCCGCAUCCGAGCCCGUCGACUGUGGCGUCGACGAGCAGCAGCUCGGAGGACAAUUCCAGCUUGGGGCAGUUCGAAGCCACGCCACCGGACGGCGGCUGGGGAUGGGUGGUCGUCGCUGCGUCUUUCAUGGUGAACUUGAUAGCGGACGGUAUCACGUUCUCGUUUGGCGUGAUCUACGUGGAGUUCCUCAAUUAUUUCGGCGAGGGAAAAUCGAAAACUGCUUGGAUCGGUAGUCUGUUCAUGGCGAUGCCGUUGCUGUCCGGCCCGGUGGCUAGUUUCCUCACGGACAGGUACGGUUGUCGAAGGGUCUCUAUAGCGGGUAGCAUUCUGGCUACCGCGGGGUUCGUCAUAAGUUCUUACGCGAACUCUAUGGAGGUUUUGGUCUUCACCUUCGGCGUUCUCGCCGGCUUCGGUCUGUCCCUGUGCUUCGUCGCAGCCGUGGUCAUUGUCGCGUACUAUUUCGACAAGAAGAGAUCCUUCGCGACGGGCCUGUCCGUGUGCGGUAGCGGCAUCGGAACGUUCAUAUUCGCCCCGGUCACGCAAUACCUGUUGGCCGAGUAUGGAUGGCGAGGCACGACGCUGAUCUUGGCCGGGCUGUUCCUCAAUCUGGCCGUCUGCGGGUGUCUGAUGAGGGAUCUGGAGUGGACCACCACUAGGGCGAAGGCGAAGACCGAGGAGAGACGGAAGAAUCGGGAGAAGAAGAGGACCAGGGUACAGAGCUCGAGCGUGGACUCGUUCUCCGCCAAUAGUUCGCUGCACACCCUUACCAGCAGGGAGGAGAAGCCUCGGAUUCAGGAAGAGGAGGACGGCGAGAAACUGUUCUCCAGCCUGGUGAGUUUGCCCACGUUCGUGAAGAACGGUGAGAAGGUGCCGUUGGAGGUGGUGGAACUGCUCAGUACGAGGAAGAACGUGUACAACGUGCUACUGCAAAAUUACCCGAGUCUACUGAUCUCCUCGAGGAGCUUCAGCGACUCCGGACAGCUGCACGAUCAGAUGAGCACGCUUUCGGCGAGGUUCGUGCCCACGCCCAGCUCCUUGUCCGAGCUGAAAACUGAUGAGAACAGGGACAAGGUCUCGCCGAGCGAAGAGGAGCAGACCGUGCAACAGCAAACGGAAGCUGCGUGGCGGCUGUGGUGGCUGAAGAAGAUCAACCUGGAUAGCUCGUCGACGAGGAGAUCGAGCACCGUUGAGCACUCCAGGAGACUACCCACUGCCCAUUUGAAAGACAUGAGAGUCCACCGGCACAGCCUUACGCACAAAGGUGCUAUGGUCAAUAUAAAUCGGCACUGGCUACGGGCGUCCAGUUGCCCCGAUAUUUAUAGAAAGUCGAUGGACACGAUGGCGAAGACCAAACUCGUCUGGUACGCCGGUCUCUGGGAGUUUUGGGACCUGAUCGUUGACAUGCUCGACUUCUCUCAUUUCGCCGACUCCCGUUUUCUGCUGUUCGCCAUCAGUAACUUCCUCCUUCACACCUGGUACGACGUGCCGUACGUAUAUCUGACGGACAACGCGAUCGAGAUGGGCUUCAGUCAAACAGAUGCUUCCAUAUUGAUCUCGGUCAUCGGGAUAACAAACAUGGCUGGCGAGAUUCUCCUCGGUUGGGCAGGUGACAGAGCAUGGGUGAACGCAUCCAUCGUGUACGCGGUGUGCAUGGCUCUCUGCGGCGCGGCGACUGCUUUAAUACCGAUGGUGGUCCACAGUUAUUACACUCUCUGCGCGAUCUCUGGUGCCUUCGGAUUGUUCAUCGGGGCGAAUUACAGUCUCACCAGCAUAAUUCUUGUCGAACUGAUCACACUGGAGAGAUUCACCAACGCGUACGGCCUUCUGCUUCUGGUUCAAGGUGUCGCCAAUCUCAUGGGACCUCCGCUGGCUGGAUGGCUUUACGACAUCACAGGGACGUACGAUCUCUCGUUCUACCUGGCCGGUUUUUUUAUCGCGUUGAGCGGAGUGCUCUUGCUGGCGAUGCCUUUAAUCAGUCUUUAUCGGAGAUGCUUGAACGGGUCGAGGAAGGAGGAAGCUGAUACAGAUUUCGCGAACAUGAACAGAGUCUGAACGAAAAACGCCUGGAGACCGGUCGAACGAUUUCUUGGAACGAACAUCUGAUAUUAUAAUACGAUACACAUAAUUUACUAUGUAUACUUAUACUCAUCGAUUCAACGGAAUUUACGGAAGCGUAAUACUUCCAAACCAAAAGGAAUUGCAAUUAGCAGCUGUGUAAUUAGUUUCACAGCGACUAAGUCUUUUUCUCGUAACGCGGUGAACCAGUCGCGCGCGUUUUUACAUUCAAUUAAGCGUUCGUGGUUCCUUCGUAGGAUAUAGAACGAGCCGAUCAAAGAGUUCAAUGAUUCGUAUAAUGAACGUUUUCGAAGUAUCUUCUUCUUUCAUUAAGAAUUUAUACGUGAUUUACGUUUCCGCGUUUGAACGAUGGAUCGAUCCAACGAGGUAAAUCGAAGAUGAGUGAUAACGAUGUUCAACAGUCAGAUUUAUUUUACGUCGGAUUCCGUGCGACCAUCGUUCGCGGUCAACGACUUCACGAUAUCUAAAAGAACCUCGUAUUCACUUUAUACUCCGUAAACGCAAUAAUCGUGCUAGCGCAUGUUCGUGAGUGCUGGCGCGGACUCGUCGCCGGUCUCUCUCGAAUUUAAAAGCCAUUAGAAUCGACGAGAUAAGAAGAGAAACAAAAGUUUACAAUUAGUAAUAUAAAAACGGUAUAAACCGUAUGCUUGCUUUAGCGAUCGGAUGCGAUCGAUGGUUAAGAGAAUCUCAGAGUAACGGUUGAAAGGGACGGAAGCAUGUUCGAGGCUCGUCGUACACUUUUCCCACGGUGUCUCGACGAGGAAGCUGAAACGAAACACACGUUCCUUUCGACGCGGAUUUAUUGAUUCGAUUACGCGUGAAUAUUAUAUGACAAGUUAUUUGAGAAUAACGCCAAAGAUAUUGUAAAUAGACAUGAUGCGAGAGAUACGUACAGGUAUAAUGUAUUAAAAGUUGUGCAUCUUUAGUCGAACAUUUUUUUCUUUUAGUUUGUGCUCUGCAUAUUAAUUACGGUGGAAUAAUCCGGAAAUAGGUGAUCGGUGAAUACGUUUCGUGUAAUAUUUUUGUAUUAGUUUCGUCGGGAGAACAAACAAGAAGACGCAAAGUGAGAAUAAUAUGCCGUUCCGAUUUAGUUUCAAUUUAUACUCCUUUCGAGCGCGAGUUUCCGCAUGCGAGGGUUUCGAGGCAUGCAUGUAAAUAGGCGUAUAUGUAUAUAUAAAAAUAUAUAUAUAUAGCUUUUCUGUGAUGAUGAACUUGAAUUUUACGAAUAGUUCUCGAGCUCCGAAAUAGAUGAAUACCUCCGUUCCCAUAGCGCGUGUGCGUGCGUGCGUGUAAACCACGCGUCACUAGCUUUAUUUGCAUCGCUAUUAUACUAUGUCCAUCCUAAGUGACAUCAUACAGUCAUACAGAGACAUUGUAACCGUCAUUCUUCCCCAAUCGACGCGCAACUUAUAUCCAUUAGGGCGUCAACCGAAUAAACCGCAGAAUUGGUGGAUUACGAUUUUUCAAGACGGGUCAGUUUAGUUUAGACGUCGUUAGCGAGAUUGAACGUGUCGAACGGUUCGCGAAAACGUGAAACGCGAUGUAAUUUAACUUGGAUGUAUCAUGAGCAAUUUUCUAGAGUAUCGUUCGCGCAUCCAGACGAGUUACUUUCAGAAUUUUUACUUAGAACAUACACUUAUGACUGUACGAGGCCUUCUUACGAGAAAAUUUCAAAGUAUUUUCUUCGAACGAAUAUAAAAACAAUUCUUGGAUAUUGAGAAGAAACAGAAAAACAGAGGAUUACUGUUCGUCUUAAAUACGCAUAUAGCGAUAUUAUAAUUCUAUCGGCAGGUUUUUGCCAUUUCGGUAAUAUAAUAAUUUAUUCUUUGAGAUCGUGGUACAAUGUUGUACUAGUUGUACGGUGCGUGUGCCCGCGUUAUGGUAGCGUAAUUCACGCGUACGCGGCCUUACGGGCCUUAAUCCUUUACAAAAUGUAUAUAAAGUAAUAUUUUAUUAUGAAAAAACUGAAGAACUGCAUUUCAAAUAUACAUACGUAUAUAUAUAUAUAUAUAUAUGUAUAUAUAUAUACAUACAUUAUAUUAUAUGAUACGAUAAUUACGCAGUCGCGCGGGGUCGCUUCGCGGACUUUUCAUCGAGUAGCGUUAAGGAGUCGUUAAGGCGAGGUGCGGGGCAAGAAACUUUUGUAAAAGAAUUAGUGAGAACUCUUCUACGUAGAUGCGAAACGAGGCUCGUUGCGCGUCUAACGUGCACGUCUUUGAAAAAAGAAAAGACGAGACGAGGAAGAAGAAGGUAUGAUGUUUCUGUUGGAGCUACCGAAGGGUACGUUUUGCCGCACGAACGAUCGAGUCGCGUGGAUAAACCCAGCGACGUCGAAGCGUGUCCACCGAGCGUGUCUUAAGCAUUGAGUUUAAUUCUCUUGUUCACCGUUGACUCAAUAAUAAUCGGAACGUUCUCACUACCUCUUUAUCGAUAAGGUGUCCUAAUAUUUAAACCCGUGGUCGAUCGCCUCGAGAGAUCUGUCGUACGAUUGAAAGUGGCUUAAAAAGUCUGCGCGAACACGGGGGACGAACCGAGGCGGCGCAGAACUAAGAGGGGAUCGUUCAAUUAAAGGUAACGGGGUUUCUUUUCGAACUGUAAAACAGGGAAAUUUCGCGCGGGUUCGCUCUUUCGGUCUUAUAAUACAUUUAGAACUAAGGACAAGCAUACUACAACUUGCUUGCUACGUGGUCCAAAAGUGAGCGAUUCUCCCGAUCGCUUGUAGCCUGGAUAUUCGUGAGCGAUUCUAUUUCUCCCUACUUACCGUUCCAAAAUUCUCCUCUAGAACAUUCGUUGUAUCAAUUCCUGUCUCAUCGAAGGAGAUUACUUUCGACAAUGGUUCUCUAUAUAUAAUCAUCGAAUAAUAGGAACGUUUCCUCAACAACUUUGUCUUCACUUUUCAAUAUAAUGUACUCAGCCCACGAUUGUCCUGCCGAAAGAACGGUCCCGCUGUAGUUAACAGGCAGUACUGUUCCAUUGUGAACGUAACACGGAGACUUACGUUAUUAAGACUCCUUUUUAGACUUUAUUAGAAGAUCGACCCAUUUUUUCAACUGUAUAAAUGUGUAUAAUUGCACAGGCUACACGUACACUGGCACACAUACACAUACGUUCAUGUACAAUAUAAAUGUGUACUACUCACACGUACAAAGGUAUGAAACUCUUAUUUCAACUAAAAUGAAAAAUAAAUUCGAAACUAAUUCA